GCGGGACUAUGUAGGCCGUUGGCCCGAUGCUCCCUCUCUCUUUGCUGGUCCAGCGAGAUCCUUUCGGUACAUCGAGGAUGGGGUGCGUUCAGAGCAGCGCUGGCUGUAACCGCUGCCCUGCCUGUAAAUUCAAGGUUUCAGUGACCGACCUGCACGCUUCUAUUGACACCACGCCGACGAUCAUAGAGGAGUACUCGGACGUUGUGUUAAAGUACCGCACGCCUUACUUCAGGGCGUCCGCUAAGGUAACGGUGCCGCCGAUCCGCCGGGCGGGGAGAUGGGCCGUGGGGUGGAUACAGGCCUGUACGCACAUGGAAUUCUUCAACACGUACGGAAACAUGGGCACUUCCAGUUGGGAGAUACCAUCUCUGAAGACAGGGGAGUACAAGAUGAUCAGUGAUUCUGACGGCGUGCUGUACCCGUGGUACGGCGCUACCACGGAGGUGGCGGUAGUGGAAGGUCCCACGCACAGCCCUCUGAAGGUAGAACUCAGCAUGAACGACAAUUUCUACCCCUCCGUGACGUGGGACACCCCCGUUAGCAGUGGAAACUUCCCACACUUGACCCGGAUAACACGUGACCAGGGCUUCACCACUUGGUUGGCCGUUAUGAACCUGGACUCCGGGGAAGUGCGCCCGCUUAGGACUAUCAAGUGGAGAAUGAGGCUGCAGAUCGAGGUGGAACCGCUAGAGGACGCAGGCAAGCGGGCCCGUCUGGUCGGCACGGGGAAACAAGAACAGCCGUACAUUCUGACAAACAACCAGCCGAUCCCGGAGACGGCGCUGAGGAAACCGAACGCGAACGAUGCGCAGAUGCUGGUGUGGAGGCCGCAGAAGGGCCCGCCGGUGGUCGUCGUGCCGCCCAAGGCGCAGCGAUGACGCCAGCUGUUCGGCCAUGCCGGUCUAGCCGCUGCCAGGGCCCGCAACAAGUUACCUGUCCCGCCCACUCUCGAGUCCAUUGUCGAAGAUUCGGAAGAAAAUAUCGAUCAGGAAACUGAUUUGUGAUAUCGGCUACGUCUAAAAAAAGCGUUCAGUUACGGACUAUGCAAAUUGUCAUAUCCCCAAGAACAAGCGCAAAACCACAUUUCAGUCCUUCUUAGCGGCAAUUCGGUUGUCUCUAUGUAGUAAAGCACCUUACAGUUGGGUCAAAUCAAAACAAAUGGAGGGGUGGGGCGAAAUAAAAGGGUGCGAAAUCAGUACCCCAUGUGUAUUGACCGGAGGCAGCAGGCAUUGUGGGAAAUAUCAACAUCUUUCGUUCCGAACUAAUGAACCGGCAUGGCCAGAACAAACAUGGCGGACGUCUCAAGCAGAGGCUGCCAUCUUGAAUUCACUAAAUGGAUCGUGCUAGCAUGGCCAUAUAUUGUACAUUCGUACACUCUUAGGAGUGUUACUCGAAAAGAAUACUGAUUUUAUGAAGAAUGUACAAAUACUCUGAAUGGUGUGCGAAUAUGAAUUAUCAGUGUUAAGUAUUAUAUGCAACAAACCUCGGCGAGGGAUAAUUAUUUAUAUUAGUUGCAAUUAUUGAUGCGAUGUCUGGGAUACUAGUAUUGGAUUUCAUGUGGAAAGACAGGCGCCAUUUGCAAAUUGUGGUGUUUCUGCCGUACACAACAGUUGAAGAAGAAAAAAGCAAGAGUCAUCCAAAUUUGUCAUUUCUCAGGUUCCAGUGCAUUCGUCAGAAUACGCAGUAAAUGGGGUGAAUGCAAUCUGAGAAAUAAUGCUGUCUUCUUGCCCAAUAACGGACAUCACAUAUUUUCAUGUGCCCCAAUGACUUGCCUUACUUGUACAGACGUGAAUCUUGACAUCAUUAGUGCACAGUAUGUGACAAUGCCUUGUGCACAGUUACAUUGUUCACCAUUUCAGGCUCAGACUACGUUAUUGUGAUUGUCAUGGACAAUAAGUUGGAAGUGUGUCGCCCAUAGAACAGAUCACAGGAUGUGACAUUCUGCCUGUGCCAAAUGCAGUACGUGUAUGUACCUAAGCGUCCUCAGGGCAAUUUAACUAUCAGAGGAUGUUUCUCGAAAGAUUGACGUAUCUACAGUGUCCAUUUCUGUUAGCCUGCAUCAAAUGGAACUAAAGAAUGGGCCAAUACUCCUACUCAUUAGAUUUCAUCUCGAUCAAUUACCAUCUCCUCUGGCACAUAACGAAUCAUCCCCACAUCGCUAUGUCCUCUGGCACUUAACAACGAAUUACCCCUUAGUACAGUCUGAUAACACACAAACGACGUGUUCUUGGCAGAAUUACGGGUCUGCAUGUAACCAUAACUGUUACAAAUGUUACAUGAGAAAGGUCCACCGUACUUCCAUUUUACUGAACAAUCAAUGUUGUUUUCAGGCAUGGGUCGUCCACAGUUAGCGGCGCCAUAUUUUUGUCAUUACUACCCGAGUUUGAACAUCAACGAAUAACGAUUGGAACAAGGAGCGAGAUGAAAAUGUCAUUGAAAUUGACUUCAAAGAAAUACCGUUGCGAUGAGUCCAUAUGGCUCAUAUGUUUUAUGGUUGCGUUUGUCUAUAUUCAAAUAUGCAACUUGUAUAGACAGUUUGGCUCAUUCUAACGAUAACGCUAUAAGUUUUUGUUCAAAAUAAUCUAGAUUCUCCUGAAUCAUAACAUGACAAAGUAUUUAUUUAUUUUAUAAAUGUGCAUUCAUCGUGGGUUGGUAUUGGAUGUGUAAACAUUUGCAUCUUAUUUUGUACCUACCCACUGCAAUAUUACCAUGACAAAUGUGCUUGUAAUGUUCUUUAUUUAUUUAACUUAUUAUUUUAGAUUGAAAAAGCUGUUCAAACGGUCGCUUUAUGCCUGUGCAAUAACAUACCAUGUGCUGUUGAAAAUAAGGUCUUAUUAAGCCAGAUUCGU